AUGCCCUCUCCACUUGGGACGGAAAAAAAGAAGAAAAACAACACUUGUAUCAUUUUAAAGCUGAAUGUAAACAUACUUUACAUAAAAGUGAUACUUUGCUCGAAAAAUUUCGGGAUAAAAAACAUAAACGUAAGGAGGAAAACGCUCUUCGCCAAACCCACCCCCGCGCGCCAAGAGGAUUUCCGGGAAAUGUUUUUGCUGAAUGAGAACGAGGAAUCCCCCAAGGAUAUCCUCUUGAAUGAGCUGAAGUACAAGGUCCGAGUGCUCGCCGGGAUCGUCUUUGUCAUUAGGACCAUCCCUACGGUUGUAAGUCUAUUCAGCAAGGGCAGCGACUGA